AUGAAAAAAGAAAAAUUAACUAUAAAUAAAAUGGAAGAGGAAUUUACAGACAUUAAUGAAGUAGAAAUUGAAAAUGAACAAAUUUGGUGUAAAAAUCACCACACAAAAAAUAUAAAUCAAAAUGAUGAUAAUGAAAAAGAGCAAACUGAUCAAAUUCUAUUAUCGCUAGGUAGUUGUAAAUUCGAAUUAAUUAAUAAAAAUAAUAAAAUUUCCAGUGAUUUAAAUAUAAAAAAUGAUAUAGAAGAUAAUAAUUUUGAAAUUAUAAAUAAAUACCAAACAGUGGCUCAACAUGGGUCUGAAAAUAAACAUGAAAAAAAUUAUGAAAAUGAUAAUAAUGUGAAUAGUGUAAAUAAUAGUAUAGUCAUACAACAAGAGAAUGAAUAUACUAAUGAUAAUCAUUUAAACAAUGAAACCACUAAUAUAGAAAAUUCAAAUUUAAAAAAUAAUGCUUAUAUAGAAAAUACAUAUAACGAAAAUGAUAAUAAUUAUACGGAAAAUGUAAAAAUUAACGAGAAUAAUAAUUUAAAUACAGAUUUAAAAUGUGAUAAUAUCGAAAAAAAUAUAUCACCUUCUUUUUCUUCAAAUAUGAAACAGGAGGAAAAUAAUAAACCAACAUUAAACAAUGCAAAUAAUAAUGAACCUCAAUCUAGUCAUACUUACAAUCCUACUAUAAAUGAUGAUCAAGCAGAAAGAAUAACAAAUAUUCAAGAUAUAAAUGAAAAUUCAAAUACUGUUUUGGAACCACAAAAUGACCCUUCAAAUAAUAUAAUGGAGGAUGAAAAUAAUUUAAAUGAUAAUAAUGCAACAACUUUUAAUCGACAUGAAAUUAAUGAAAAUAACAAUAUCGAAAAUGAAAGAUCAAAUAAUGAGGUAUAUACAAAUGAAGCCCCUUAUAUAAGAGGUGAAGAAGAGCAAGUUGAAGUAAAUAGUGAAAUAAAUGUAGAAGAAGGAGAAGAUAAUAUUAUACAUAUAAAUAAUGAAAAUAAUGUAUUAGAAAUGAAUAAUAUAAUAAAUGAAAGAAAUUCAAGAAGUUUAGGUUCGAAUAGUGAAGAAAUGAAUUAUUACGCCUUAACAAUAAGAGAUAAUAUAAUAAAUAAUAACAUGAAUGAUAAUAUAAAUGAAAAUGAAGUACAUGAAUUACGAUUUUAUCAAAGAUGUUUGAUUGGUAAAACAUUAGGGUAUGAAAUAAAACCCAAUUUAGAAGAAUUUAGUGUAAACAAAUUUGUUAGAGCAUUUUUAUUUAUAUUUAUAUUAUUAGGAUUGUUUAGUAUUGAAUUUUCUUUAUUAUAUAAUAAUUUAUUAAAAAUAAAUGUUGAUGAUACUGAAUUAUUAUUAAUCGAUUCGAGAUAUAAUGAUAUGUUUACAAGAGCAUUCUUGUUUCAAUUCAAUAAAAAAAAAAUAAAAAAUUUGACAUUAACUAAUGAUAUGAUAAAAACUGAAAUAAAUAAAGGAAAUUAUAAAUUAUAUAAUGAUAUACAUAGAAUAUUGAAUAAAUUAAAUAAAAGUAAUAAAAAUAGUACAAAUAAUGAAAAAAGACCAGAUAAUAUUUAUGAGGAAACAAUAAAAAUGUAUGAAAAGUUAAAAAAACAUGAUAUUUAUAUAUACAAAAUAAAAGAAUUCAAAUUUAAAAUGUGUAGAGAUAUAUUUAAAAAGAUUAACAAUAAUAAUGGAAAAAAUUAUUUAUUUUUAUUUAUACCGACACAAAAUCAUUUAAAAAUUACACCAAUUUUUAUUAUCCUAACAGUAUUUUUUCUCUUUUUACGUAUUGGACUUAUAUUUUCAAGAAUAUUAUAUGAGUUUGUUUUGCUUUUCUUUUACCGAGCUUUCCGACUAUCAUUGAAUAGCAAAAAAGGAUAUCUAUAUAAAUAUUUAUGGUCAUUAUGCACAGUACUGUUUUUAGAAAUUAUAUUAUGCGAGGAUUGUAUUUUAUGGUGGAUAAGUGAUAUUGACCCGAUAUUUAGUUACCACUUCCAGUAUUUUAUAUGGUGUUGCUCUUUAAUAUAUUUUAUGACAUUUUUUGGAAAUAAAAUAUUUAAAAAGUGGGUUCGAAAUAGUCAAAACAAUUCUGAUAAUUCAAGCAAUAAUAAGUACAUGUAUGCUUAUUACAUUUUAGAUUAUGUUAGCAAGGCUUUAUUUGGAAUGAAUGUAACAUUUGCUAUGUUUUUUAUUUUAAUAAAUCUUGGAAAGCCAACAGUUAUUACUGUAAUAAUAACAGGCGCCAUUUUAUUUAUGGACAUUUUGAAUGAUUCAUAUUUAGAACAAAUUAAUUUAACAGAAUUUCAUAAUUUUACGCAAAAUAUGCAACCAAAAAAAAAAAUAUAUAUUAUAGAAAAUAAAAAGAAAAAACAAAAAAAAAUUGCAUUAACUAGAGUAAAUGAACAUACAUAUAGAGAAUUCACUAUGGAUGAUAUUCUAGAAUAUGAAGAAAAACAUAAAUCACAAAAAUAUUUGGGAAGCACAAAAAGUAAUAUAAAUAAUAAUGGGGUGAAUGAAAAUGAAGAUAAAUUGGGUUACAAUAAAAAAGGAAAUAUAUUUAAUUUAAAAAAUAUUUUUAAUAAAAAAUAUAUGGAAGGAAAAUGGGUUUAUGGAAGAUUAUCAGGAGGGGAUAGUAAAUGUGGAGAAAAAAGUGUCACAAAACGUGAUGACGAUAAUGAUGCAAUUUCAAAUCAAAGUAAUGGAGAUGAUGAUUCAAUAAUUUCUUCAUUUGAAUAUUGUGAAAUAUGUGAUGAGCGUCCAAAAAAUAUUGUUUUAUAUCCAUGUAUGCAUGGUGGAUUUUGUGAAUUAUGCAUAAGAUUAUUGGUCUAUAAUACUACUAAGGUGAAAUAUAUUUUACCUAGCUGUCCUUUAUGUAGACAAAAUAUUUGUGACGUGUAUAAAAUAUCGAAUGAAGAUAAAUAUAAACGUGUUGAAAGUGUUAACAUAUUAAGUAUCAAAAGUAAAAAAUGA